AUGGAGAGUAACCUGUCUGGCCUGGUGCCUGCUGCUGGUCUGGUGCCUGCGCUGCCACCGGCCGUGGCCCUGGGGCUGACUGCGGCCUACACCACCCUGUACGCCCUGCUCUUCUUCUCCGUGUAUGCCCAGCUCUGGCUGGUGCUCCUGUACGGACACAAGCGCCUCAGCUACCAGACGGUGUUCCUGGCACUCUGUCUGCUCUGGGCUGCUUUGCGCACCACCCUCUUCUCCUUCUACUUCCGAGACACCCCCCGGGCCAACCGCCUGGGGCCCCUGCCCUUUUGGCUUCUCUACUGCUGCCCCGUCUGCCUGCAGUUCUUCACACUGACGCUCAUGAACCUCUACUUUGCCCAGGUGGUGUUCAAAGCCAAGGCGAAACGUCGGCCAGAGAUGAGCCGAGGCUUGCUGGCUGUCCGAGGGGCCUUCGCGGGGGCCUCGCUGCUCUUCCUGCUGGUGAAUGUGCUGUGCGCGGUGCUGUCCCGCCGGCGCCCGGCGCAGCCCUGGGCCCUCCUGCUGGUGCGCGUCCUGGUGAGCGACACCCUGUUCGUUAUCUGCGCGCUCUCUCUUGCCGCCUGCCUCUGCCUUGUGGCCCGGCGGGCACCCUCCACCAGCAUCUACCUGGAGGCCAAGGGGACCAGUGUGUGCCAGGCGGCUGCCAUGGGCGGUGCCAUGGUCCUGCUCUAUGCCAGUCGGGCCUGCUACAACCUGGCGGCCCUGGCCUUGGCUCCCCGGAGCCGGCUGGACGCCUUCGAUUAUGACUGGUACAAUGUCUCCGAUCAGGCGGACCUGGUGAACGACCUGGGGAACAAAGGCUACCUCGUGUUCGGCCUCAUCCUCUUUGUGUGGGAGCUGCUGCCCACGACCCUGCUGGUGGGCUUCUUCCGGGUGCACCGGCCGCCACAGGACCUGAGCACCAGCCACAUCCUCAACGGGCAGGUCUUUGGCUCCCGUUCCUACUUCUUCGAUCGGGCCGGGCACUGCGAGGAGGAGAGCUGCUCCUGGGGGCACAGGCGGAGCGAGAGCACCAGCAUGUCCGGCAGCCUCGGCUCCGGCAGCUGGUACGGCGCCAUCGGGCGGGAGCCAGGCUGGUACGGGGGCAGCCAGACUCGGACCACGCCUCUGCUCUUCUCCCAGUGA